UGCAUCAGUCUCCGAUCGUCUUCCAGUGAGCAAUUACUUCCCCAUUAAAAUACAAUAUGGUUUUCGACAUUAAAGGAAAAAUUGCCCUCAUUACCGGAGGAGCCACUGGUAUUGGUCUGCAAUACUCUGUGGAACUCCUGAAAAACGGCUUACAGGGCGUUACCAUUGCUGACAUUGACGCUACCAAAGGCCAAGAAGCAGUUGCCUACUUGAACAAGACUUUCGGAGGGACCAAGGCCAAUUUCGUCAAAACAGACGUAACCAAAGCUGACCAACUCGAAGCUGCUUUUAAAACCGCCGUUACCACAUGGAAGGGUCUCGACAUUGUUAUCAACAACGCUGGUAUCAUGAAUGACCAAAAAUGGGAACUGGAAAUUGCCAUCAACUGCAACGCCGUAUCCCAAGGUACCCUCCUCGGUAUCAAAUACAUGGGUAAAAACAACGGUGGCAAGGGAGGAGUGAUCGUCAACAUUGCAUCCAUUUUGGGUCUACAAGAAUUGUCCGGAUGCCCCAUCUAUGUGGGAACCAAGCACUUCGUCGUCGGUCUUAACAGAUCCUUCGGCACCAAAUACUUCUGGGACUUGACCGGUAUCAAGUUCGUCACCAUGUGCCCGGGAGUCACCGACACUCCUUUGAUCUCAGAGGCCGGACACUUUGCCCUGGACAUAUUCCCACAACUUGGAACCCAAUUGGCCAACGAACUGGGUUCUUUACCAGCACAAAGGCCUGAAAAUGUAGCCAAAGGAUUGAUCACAUUGAUCACGAAGGGCGACAAUGGAAGCGUAUGGGUAUCUGAAGGUGGACAACCUAUCUAUGAAGUGGCAAUCCCCGACAGAAGAACCAUCCGCAAGAACUGAAGACUUAUUAAUCAAUUAAUUUUGUUGUAUGGCUUUAAUUUUUUGUUGAAUAAAUUGUUUUUUUCAUUACAAAUUAGUUGGUUUAUGUUAGUUUUAAGUAGAUAUAUAAUUUUAGUACACAAUCAAGAUCAGUCCAUGUUUACAUUGUGAUCUCAAUGUUAAAUAUAUUAAUUAAAAUUUAA